CGCCCUUUUUCACACGUAUAAAACCCUCCCUUCUCAUCAAUCCCUUUUCUAUUUCUCACUUCCAUUAUUCAUUCCUCUUCUUAAAGCAACUCACAAAACGCGUCGUCUGACGUCCCUUCCACCAUCAUCUCAUCUCAUCUCAUCUCAUCCUCAUCUCCUUUUAAUCCUGCGCACAAGCUGGCUUGCAGAAUCAUGAUAUUUUGAACCCACCGAUUCAGAACUCAUUAAUUAUUACUCCCUCAGUCCCCAGAUUAGCUACACUCUGAACUGUAUAUAUAUCGAGUGUCAAUCAGUAGCACAAACUCAUCGAUCGUAAUGGGAAAAGGAAGCAGAGAUUGGUCGCAGAUCUAUGCAAUCUACGGCAUGGAUGAAUGGCAAACCUUCUUAUUUCUAUUCUUUCAUGCUUUGAUUUUUUCUCUCCUCUCUGUUCUCAUUCUGCAUUACUUCGGUCCCGUCACUGCUUCACUCUCUCUGCUUAAGGUAUUCUCUCUCCUGCCACCGGGAUCUGCGCGGUUCGCCGCCGGGUUAAUGGGGUCAAUUACGGCUUUGAUCGCCGUCUGCCUCCUGUUCGCGGCGGCUAACUUUUUGUACUCGGCUGUGCCUCUCCGUUGGGAGAUCUCUCAGCGUAUGCUCUCCGCUGUUACUGACUGGUCUAAUGUCAAAACUGCCCUUGACGUUGGCUGUGGCAGAGGUAUUCUCCUAAACGCCGUCGCUUUACAGCUGAAGAAGCAAGGAUCAUCAGGCCGGGUAGUUGGGCUAGACCAAAAGCGGUCCAUAACACUUAGAACGUUACGGACGGCUAGUCUAGAGGGUGUCCAAGAAUACGUCACCUGUCGAGAAGGUGAUGUAAGGAAGCUACCUUUUCGAGAUGACUACUUCGACGUGGUGGUCUCAGGGGCGGCGAUACGACGGGCAGGAGUAAGGGAGGAGAGGGAGAGGGUGGUGGGGGAGAUGGUAAGGGUGUUGAAGCCAGGUGGAGUAGGGGUAGUGUGGGACCUACAACACGUGCCAGAGUACGUGAGGAGGUUGCAAGAUUUGCGGAUGGAAGAGAUUCGGGUAUCGGAACGCGUCACUGCGUAUAUGGUUAGCAGUCAUAUAGUGUCGUUUCGGAAGCCUUGUUAUCAGCAGCAACAGCAGCUACAGCAUAUGGUGGGCCCGGUUUAUUCUUAUGCUGGAGAAGUCAGACUUGACUGGAGAUGCCAUAAUUUGUGUUAACUUUGUUAUAUAUAUAUAAAAAAAAAAAAAAAAACAGCUCUUUUUUUAUUUUUCCAUUCCGGGAAUUUUGGGGAGGCGAAGCCAAGCCAAGAUUUGUAGUAAGAUAAUUAAUCAAGUACUCGUAAUUAGGAUGAGAAGAGAAAUGGGGGGAUUAUGUAAUACUAUAAUGCUCGGAACAAAAUGGAUUGUGAAUAUUGAAACUUGAAAGUAUAUAUAAACUAGUACAAGUAUGGAGUAUUAAUAUUAGUCUACUACUCCGAACUA